AAAGAUUUGCUGAGAUAUAUUACUCUAAAACUUUUAUGAAAAGCCAUCUUUCAAAUGAUUCCUCCAUGUGAAAAUGCCCUCCACAUAAUGUACCAUGAGUCUCACAGAGGCACAAGAGAUAGGGAUAUUGCAAAGAGGCUGCAAUAUCCUUCACGACAGGAUCUCAACUCCAAAUGGAAAAAAAGUGUUCUGCAACCUCUACAAUGUAAAAUGAAAGUUAAUGUAUGGGAAAUAAAGCCUCCUGAUUUUAGCUACAAACUGUAUACAUCUUUGAGAAUUCCAGAAAGAUCAUCAAAACCAAUUAAGGAAGAAAAAAGGAGGAAAAAAAUCAGUUUUCCAGAAACAAUGCUUCACUUGCCCAGAAUAAGGAAUCAUCCUAAGGAGGUCACAGCUCCUAAAUUUAUAACUACAUUUCCACGUCUGGAUUUACAAAAAGCAAAGUUAAUGUUUGUGAAGAGUGGACAAUAUCCAAGGGGUGUAUAUAUCAAUCCCAAACCACAUGACUUUCGACAGUACCAACCUGGUUUACCAAACUUUGAGACAACUUAUGAAAAGGACUCCUUUGGAUUAAAAUUUAAAUCACAACCCUUAAGUACAGUACAUGGGUACCAGUUUCCGAAAGAUGAUAAACAGAAGAAUACUACAGAAAGAUUUAUCACCCACAAGCAUCGUGAAUGCACCUGGGAUUCAAAACUAAUUUUGACGAAAGCCCCAUGGCCUGUUAGAUCUGCUUCAUAUACAAUAGCUGAUGGACCAAAACAGCAUAGGGCUUCCUGAACUCUGGCCUGAAUGUUCAUCUCCCAUGCAUUUCCCAGUGAGAACAUUGAUGAAUUCUGGCACCUUCCUGGAUUCUACAGAAAUCUGCACUCUCCCAGAGGCAUGAGAAAGUGCUAAAACAACAAACGAAAGUUGCAUAAUUUGAAAUUCCCUUGUUACCACAUGGAUCAGAAUCCAAUCACCAGGCUUUUGAUUUAGUCUGUGAAAGUUAGAUCUUGCAACUAUGAGUGGAAAUGCUGAUAAUGUGCUUUCUGUUAAUGUCCAAAGUUAAAGAGAUGCUCUAGUCUCAGGUAAAGCUAAUGUGAGACAAAUAAACAACAAUAAUGCUUACU